AUGUCAGAUACCAGGUGGGAAUCUCGGGUCGAAUCGAUUAAACCUAUUCGUUUUCAAUUAGGCCAAGUACACGAUGCUUUAGUAGAAGUCAGUGAGUUAACAAAGGAUCCUAAGAUAAAAAGUGAAAGUUUGCCUUUGGCAAAUUAUGAAUUUUCUUAUGAUUUUAUUUUAAGUGUUGUUAUUUUGUAUGAACUACUAUCUGCUAUUAAUAAAGUUAGUAAGAGUCUUCAGAGUGAAACCAUGGAACUGAGUAAUGCUGUUCAAUUAUUAAGUGGUCUUCAAGAUUUUUUUAAUAAUUUUAGAGAAAAGGGGUUUGAGUUAUCAAAAAAAACUGCACAACAAUUUUGUGAAGAUAUUGGAACUCAACCAAUUUUUAAACAAUCUAGAGUUCUAAAAAAAAGUAAGCAGUUUGAUUAUGAAUGUAAUGAUACACGUACAGUUUCUAACGAACAAAAAUUGUAUCAUGAUUAUUUUUUGACAGUGGUAGAUCAAGCAAUUGUAUCAAUUAAUCAACGAUUCAAGCAAUUAUCUCAACAUUCAGAAAACUUUGGAUUUUUAUAUAAUAUUGAACAUUUGAAGUUAUUUGAAGAUGAAACAUUACGAAAGCAUUGCAUGGAUUUAGAAAUAUAUUUAAAGGACGGCGAAAAUUGCGAUAUAAAUGGAAUUGAACUUUUUGACGAGUUAAAAAUAUUUUGUAGAAUUUUGAACAAACAAAAAACCAGUAUCCAGUGUCUUGAUUUAAUAGAAUCAAAAUGUGGUUCAUUUCCAAAUAUUUCUAUCGCGUUAAAAAUAUUAUUAACUCUUCCGAUAACAACUGCAAGUGCUGAGAGAAGUUUUUCGAAGUUAAAAACCAUUAAGAAUUAUUUGAGAACAACAAUGGUGCAAGACCGACUUUCUGAUUUGGCAAUUAUUUCAAUUGAACGUAAAAUGAUUUUCCUUAUCAACAUCAAUUGUAUUAUCAUCUUUAAGUUUAGCAAGUAG